GCAACGCGCCUAGCAACCACUAAUUGGGACAUUUUUCUCGCGAGAUUUGGCGAGAGUAUCUGGGUGAAAGUCCCGGAUGUUCACCUUCUUCCGGAGAGUGGGAGGGCGAAAAUAACCAAGAUGCUGUCCUCGACUGUCCGGCAACUUUCCAGCGCCUUGGUGCGACAGACGCGUGCCCUGCACCGGUCAGCACCAGCGAUGGGUGGUGGGGGUCAGCUGUUUGUGCACCGCGACAGCCCUGAAAACAACCCAGAUACGCCGUUUGAAUUCACUCAAGAAAACUUGAACAGAGUGAAGCUGAUAAUAAACAACUACCCAGUGGGCCAUGAGGCUGCUGCAGUUAUCCCUGUUCUGGACCUGGCUCAGAGACAGCAUGGCUGGCUUCCCCUGUCUGCCAUGAACAAGGUUGCAGAGAUUCUGAAGAUGCCCAGAAUGAGAGUGUACGAGGUCGCAACUUUCUACACCAUGUUCAACAGGAAGCCAGUAGGGAAGUACCAUGUGCAGAUCUGCACCACCACUCCCUGUAACCUGGGGGGAGUCGGCUCGGAUGUCAUCCUGGAAGCUAUCAAGAAGAAGCUAGGAAUCAAUGUUGGAGAGACGACCAAGGACAACAUGUUCACCCUGAUCGAGGUGGAGUGUCUGGGAGCCUGUGUUAAUGCACCCAUGGUGCAGAUCAACGACAACUACUACGAGGAUCUAACAGCAGCAGAUAUGGAGGAGAUUCUGGAUGACUUGAUGGCAGGGAAGACACCAAAAGCUGGGCCCAGGAACGGCCGUUUUGCGUCGGAACCGCUCUCAGGCCUCACCAGUCUCACAACACCGCCAACCGGGCCUGGCUUCGGUGUCAGGGACGACUUAUAAGGGAAACGAUGUGCAGCACAGCUUUCUCUGUACAUAACACAAAACAACUAUCCAGCCUAUGUGAAAACUGUAGUUUAUAUGCAUAUACAGCUUGAACGUUUCUUUCUUUGUGAGAAUUUCCUUCAGUCGCUCAUGUAGUGAGAAUCAGAUAUUAAAAGCAGUGUCUGAACUAGU